UAUUUGUCUUUAAUUUUUAUCGUGAUACCGUAUAUCUAUGUAUUAAUAAAUGUUUAUAUUAAUAAAUUAUUGAUUAUUUAACGAUUCAUUAUUUUUAAUUUAAAAACUAAAAAUAAAUAAUAGAUCAAGAUCGUACAUUAAUUUGCAAACUUUAAAUUAAAAACAUUAAAUAAUGACUAAUGCAACAAUUCAGGAAAUAGAAGGUAUAGAUGACUAUUGGGGUCCUGCUUUCCGAUCAGUGUAUGAAGGUGAAGGUGGGCACGAAGCAUUCAUUAAACAGCUUGAUGAACGAAUCAAACAACAUGACAGGGAGAUAGAGAAACUUUGUAACUUUUACUAUCAGGGUUUCAUAGAUUCAAUUCGUGAAUUAUUACAAGUCCGUUCCCACGCUGAGGAAUUGCAUUCAGAAAUAUCAACUGUUGAUGCCAAUGUUAAGGAAACUGCUGAGAGUCUGUGUACUGGCGCCGAACAACUGAUUAGAGCUAGACGUGUGGAGCUUAACAUUGCUGCAACUAUAGAGAAAAUGGAAUUAUGUUUACCGGUGCUUAUUACUUAUUCAAAACUCAAAUCGCAGGUUGAAGCCAAGAGGUACUACCCAGCUCUCAAGACCCUGGAGCAAGUGGAGAACGUUCUGUUGCCGCGUGUGACGCCCUACAAGUGGUGCGCUCACAUCGCCACUGACAUUCCGCGUCUCAGGCAGGACAUUCAGGAUGCCUCCAUGGCGGAUCUCAGGGAUUUCUUGGAGAAUGUCCGCAAGCUAAGUCCGCAGGUUGGUGCUAUGGCUAUGAAGCAAACACAAGAAAUGCUGAACAGAAGUUUAGCCAAUAUAGUUAAAAACAAGAAAGACGGGGGCCGGGGGCAGGCAGAGGCCGGGCCGGCUCCGUACGAGGUGGUGGACUUCAGCCCGCUGUACCGCUGCCUGCACAUCCACACCGUGCUGGGGGCCAGCGCGCACUUCGUCGACUACUACCGUGCGCAGCGCAGGCAGCAGGCGCGGCUGGUGAUCAUCCCGACGGCCAACCUGCACGACUCCAUCCAGAGCAUGAAGAACUAUCUCAACGCCAUCCUGGGCUUCUUCAUACUCGAGGAACAUCUCAUCACCACCGGUGGCGGGCUGGUCUCCAAGGAGUGGGUGCUGGAGACGUGGAGCGGCGCGGUGUCGGGCGCGGCCCAGAGCCUGCGUUCGGCCACGGCGCUGCUCACCGACCCCACGCUCAUGCUGGCGCUCAAGCACAACAUCCUACUGCUCAUGCACACGCUCAAGUGCUACGGGCUGCCGGCCGACCCGCUGCCGCUGCUGCUGCAGGAGAUGGCGGAGCACUACACUGAGGUGCUGAUGCAGCGCUGGGUCACCGUGUUCCGCGACAUCCUCGACAACGCUACUUUCCUUCCGAUUGAGGUGGAGAACCAAGAGCAGUACGACGGAGUGAUGGACACGUUCCCGUACGACGGGGAUGAGCUCGAAACUCAACCAUUCCCAAGAAAGUUUCCGUUCUCGGGCGUGGUGCCGUGCGUGUACGUACAGGUGAAGGAGUUCAUCUACGCGUGGCUGAAGCACGCGGCGGACGCGGGGCCGGGCUCGCCGCGCCGCGCGGCCGCCGCACGCCGCGCCGCCUCGCUGCUGCUCACGCGCUCCUUCGCCGGCUGUCUCUCUGCGCUCUUCUCACGCGCGCUGCCGCUGCCGCGUCUGCAGCAGAUCAUUGUGGACACGCAGUAUCUGGAGGAGGCGACGUCCUACCUGUACGAGUUCAUCAGCAACAUCACCGGCUCCGACGUGGUCGCUCAGCAGACAGCGGGGAGCAUGUUCCAAACGGCACGAGACGACGCCGAGAAGCAGAUUUGUGAGAACUUGGAGAAGAAAAUUGACGAAUUUCUCGACCUUGAGAACUAUGACUGGCUACUUGUGGAGCCGAGCGGGCAGGCGUCCUCGUUCGUCACCGACAUGCUGAGCUACCUCACCGGUGUGCUCGCCUCGCUGGACAAGCUGCCGCAGAGAGCGAGAGUGGCCGCGGUGAAGGCGGCCACCAAGCGCAUAGCGACCCGACUGCGGAACCUGCUGCUGGACCCCAACGUGAAGCAGAUCUCGGCGGGCGCGCUGCACCAGCUCGACCUGGACGUCAUACAGUGCGAGCAGCUGGCCGCCAGCGAGCCCGUCGUCGGGCUGCGAGAGGGAGAGCUGCUGCAGCACUUCGCCAGUCUGAGACAACUGCUGGAUUUGAUUACGGGCUGGGACUGGAGCUCGUAUCUCCACGACAUCGGCAUGCAGGGGGCCAAGUACGAGUUGGUGUCUCCGAGAGACGCGGCCACCUUGCUAGAGAAGCUCAAGGAAGCCGAGCAGAAGUCGUCCGUGUUCUCCGUGCUCAAGAAGAACGAGCGAGACAGGCGCAAGUUACUGGACACCGUGCUCAAACAACUCAAGCAGUUGCAAAACCAAGAUGGCUAAUCAUUUAUUUUACUUUACAUAACUGUCUCGUAAUCUAAACAAAUACUAUUUAUAUGAAAUAUUUAUGUACUA